UGGCGCAAAUUAUUUCCACCUCAGUCCGUCAACAAGGUGCCCUUGAUUUUGUAUGUACCUGUGUUUCAGAUCCAGAUCACCAUUGUGUUUCCCGUAAACCUACUGGAAAUGUAACAAAUAAGAUUUAAAUAUAUGUGAUAGUGUUUCAUAGGGACUCGAUUUUCCCCACCAUUUCUCUUUCAUUUGAAUUUUUAUAAGUGUUCCCGUUAUUGUGAUUUUAAAAAAAAAGCAGAAUUUCUUUAAUUUCAAAUCAGUGUUCCCGGAAUUCGAAGGAAAAAAUGGAUACUCAAAGUGUUAAAAACCACCUAUAUAUGGAACUUUACUUUAUGUUGCUUCUUUCUAUUUCUGUGACCGCGUUCCCCCAGGGAUCCCCCACGACCCCCGACUCCUGCGUGCAGCUAAUCCCCCGACACCCCCAGCAAUUCUUUGUCAACAAUCCGUCCGCUUAUUCUCUGUCAUUGUCUACUUCAUAUUACCGGUUUUGUGAUAAUUCCGAGUUUUGUGGUAAAAAUUACGUUGUUGUUUCGAUCCAAGGACAAGGGGGUCUUUUCCGUGGAUUCAUUGUGCAGGCCCGGACACCAAACGGAGGCUCGAGGUCCUGGGGACAGUUUAUUCCUCUCCAAACAGGGGACUCCAAGGUCAUUCAAUGUCAAAACGGUUUGACCUUGACACAUACAGCCAACAAUGACAAAAAUAUCGUACGUUUUGCUUGGAUACCUGAGCCAGGAAUGCGAGAGCAGGUCCAAUUUGUGGCUACUGUGGUCCAGAACUUGAGAACUAUCUACCCCGGAGUAUACUCGGCCCAACUUCGUCCCGUUGGAGUAUCUCCCACCACCACCCCAAAACCAACACAGACUACUAACACACCGCAAACAACUACCAGCUUUGUAACAACUACUAAAACUACAACAACAACUACUACCACGCCCUCUACUACCACAACAUACUCACCUAUGACGUCAACAGCAAUACCAUUGACGUCAUCUACUAAAAGAAUAACUACCACUACUACCCAGCCCUUGGCGACUGUUUCGGAACCUGUUUUUAACAACGCCCCAUUUAAAACUGCUGGCAUCAUUUCCUUUGUGACCUCUGUGAUUGCAAUUCUUUUGUAAAAAAAAAAAUAUCCAUCAACCUCGAGCCCGAUGAAAUCCAAAAAGAAGCUACAAUAAUGAUUUGGUGUUGUCGUUUUCAAAAACGACAGUUCAUAUUUUUUAAUUAAGGAUACACAUUGCUUACCAUAAAUGAUGUGCUCUUUUAUUGAGCAAUCGUUUUUUAUUAUGGAAGACACCAAAGAUAAAUGCAUUUUUCGCCUAAAUAGAAGGAUCAGAAUGAAUGCUUUUUGUGUAUUCAACGUCGUACGAAGAUUGAUAAUUGCAGUGCAAUGUUGUUGUUUUUUUAUAUUAUUUUUGGCAAGGAAAAUUCAAGAGUAACAUGUAGUAUGUAUCUAUUUGUAAUAAGUAUUAUCUCAACAUUUUAAUUCAUUGUACUGUUUCGUGUUUCUAAAAACAUUUUAUUCAUAAGAGUAUCUCGAUAAUGAGGAAAGAUGUCAAUUGUAAUUCGGGUAUAAAAAAAAUCAUGUUUAUUAUCAAUUAUUUUCAUUUGAUUGUCUUUUCUAAUUUUUAAAUAAAGCAUCCGACUUGAAAUUCCCUUUAAUUAGAUUACAUUGGAUUAGCUGCAUUACAAAUACCGAUAGUAAUUUUACAAUUAUAUUAGUAUGCUUCCGCUUAGCAGAUCUUUAGAGACACAAUUAUGUUUAAUUUAUCUAAUUUGAUUUCCUACAGGACUUUGAAUGUAUCUACCGUCUUAAUUCUAGUAUUUCUAUCGCAUAUAAAUCACUUUAUCAAACAUUUUUGAUGCAUAUUAUGUAAAUAUGACUUUGUGGAUGUACGUUUGUAUUAUGAAUGAUUAUAUUAAAUUUCCGCAAAAAAAAAACGUGUUAACAGAGUUUUGAAUGAAAGUCAGAGAACCACAUUAUUACUAAAUAUGUGAGAUGUGAGACCACCCUUAUGAAAAAUUUGUUGUUUACUCAAACUAACGAAUAAAAACAACCCACAUGUAAAAGAAAUGGUAAUGAUAUUGUAACCCACUGUAU